AUGCUGCUGCUGCUGCUGCUGGGCCUGCUGAGCCCCGCGGCCUGCGGGGCCCCGGGCCCGGCCUCGGGGUCCGCGGAGCUGCGCUCGGCCUUCUCGGCGGCGCGCACGCGCAGCCUGCUGGGCUCGGACGCGGGCCCCGGGCCGCGCCACCGGCCGCUGGCUUUCGACACCGAGCUGGUCAACAUCGGCGGCGACUUUGACGCGGCGGCCGGCGUGUUCCGCUGCCGCCUGCCCGGCGCCUACUUCUUCUCCUUCACGCUGGGUAAGCUGCCGCGCAAGACGCUGUCGGUGAAGCUGAUGAAGAACCGCGACGAGGUGCAGGCCAUGAUCUACGACGACGGCGCGUCGCGGCGCCGCGAGAUGCAGAGCCAGAGCGUGAUGCUGGCGCUGCGGCGCGGCGACGCCGUCUGGCUGCUCAGCCACGACCGCGACGGCUACGGCGCCUACAGCAACCACGGCAAGUACAUCACCUUCUCCGGCUUCCUGGUGUAUCCCGACCUCCCGCCCGCCGGCCCGCCGGGCCUUGGGCCGCCCGAGCUCUGAAUCCCGGCCCGGAGAGCAGCUUGGGGUGGGGUGGGGUGGGGUG